GGGAGCCGUAGGUCUUGUUGCUGCUCCAGUUUGUGUCGGUCGUGCACCCACUUGUAGAACUAGAGGGACUUUAGAAAGAGGUUCCUCCAGACUUUAUUUUAGCUGUCGUUUUGGCGGCUUUUUUACUUCAGAGGAUUUCAGUCUCAACGUAGUUGGAUACAGACUUGAAGAAUGAUUCGUGAAGGGAAUGGUUGACAGCGUCAUUACGACAUUUUUUUGACCAUGGAUUCUUAUGAUGCAGCAGAAUCGACUCCUAGACAGAGUGCAUCUUUAAGACUUAAAGAUUACUUUAUAGGUGCUACCCCUCUGCAGAAGCGAUUAGAAUCAGUCAGGAAGCAGACUUCAUUUGUCCCAACUCCACCUCGAAGGAAAAUCCCCCAGUGUUCACAACAGCAGGAAGAUGUUGAUCCUCAAAAGGUUGCAUUCCUUCUGCAUAAACAAUGGACUUUAUAUAGUUUAACUCCCUUAUAUAAAUUCUCCUAUACUAAUUUCAAAGAGUAUUCUAAACUUCUGAAUGCAUUUAUUGCUGCUGAAAAGCAAAAAGGACUUGCUGUGGAAGUGGGAGAUGACUUCAACAUCAAAGUGAUUUUCUCUACUCUCUUAGGAGUGAAAGGAACACAGAAAGACCCUGAAGCAUUUCUUGUCCAGAUUCUAUCAAAAUCACAAUUGCCAUCUGAGCACAGAGAAGGUAAAGUGUUGUGGACUGGUUGGUUCUGCUGUAUAUUUGGAGACAGUCUUCUUGAGACUGUUUCAGAAGAUUUCACCUGUCUACCCUUAUUCCUUGCAAAUGGAGCAGAGACUAACACAGCAAUAAUUGGAACCUGGUUUCAGAAAACUUUUGACUGUUAUUUCCGUCCCUUAGCAAUCAACGCAUUUAACCUUUCCUGGAUGGCUGCUAUGUGGACUGCAUGCAAAAUGGACCGUUAUAUGGCUACUACUGAAUUUCUUUGGUCUGUACCCUGUAGUCCUCAAAGUCUGGACAUUUCUUAUGCCAUACAUCCAGAAGAUGCAAAAGCUUUGUGGGACAGUGUCCACAAAACACCUGGGGAAGUUACCCAGGAGGAAGUUGACUUAUUCAUGGACUGCCUUUAUUCACACUUCCAUAGGCAUUUCAAAAUUCAUUUAUCAGCCACAAGAUUGGUUCGUGUUUCAACGUCUGUAGCUUCAGCACAUACUGAUGGAAAAAUAAAGAUUUUGUGUCAUAAAUACCUUAUUGGAGUAUUGGCAUAUUUGACAGAACUGGCAAUUUUUCAAAUUGAGUGAGGCCUUGUGGGGACCAUAAGUUAUGGAUUGUAUACCUUUUCCUCACUGAUUUUCUGCCUGGUUGCUUUGCUGAGAGGAACUGUGAGAGAAAUGGGCAUCUGUCUCUGCAUCUGUUUUCCUCACAGAGCCUUGGAGUUACCCAGAUGAAAACCAAGAAGAAGCUAGAAGAACUGAGAAGGUGGAAGUGAAUGAACCACGGCCAGGCACUCAUGUAACAGUCUUAGUCAUCUGGGUUACCAGUCUCUAGAACAUGCUGAGUUGUUAAUUUGUUGACCAUCUUUCUAAAAAGUAUAUAAUGUGGAGUUCCCUUGUGGCUCAACAUUUAAGAAUCCAGCAUUGUUACUGCUCUGGCUCUGAUUAGAGCUGUGGCAUGGAUUGGAUCCCUGUCCUUGGAACCUCUACAUGCCAUGGGUGCAGCUGGAAAAAAAAUGUAAUGUUUAUUAUUUCAAACUUUUAGCAUUCAAAUGAGAUAUGUCCGAUACUGAAUAUUCCUUCUUUGCAUCUUUAAAAACUUUAAUCCCUAAUUUUAAGCAUUUUAGAUUUCAUUAAGAGAGAAUUUCUGUCUUCUACAGACAUUUUCCUAGCAUCAUUUUGUGGUAGAAAACUGGCAAUCAAAAUCCUCUUCAAAGGGAACUAAAAAUUACUAUAUAUUUUCAAGCCACUAAUAUGCUUUUUUAAAAUAAUGUUCAAUUCUUACUGCAAUGUUUAAUUAAAUAUUCACUUUUAAAACAAA